AGUUCCCGUGGGCUCAGGCGGCGGCAGGAGGCGCGGUGGGGGCUGGGGUCAGUAGCUAAUUGGGUGAGGAGGGGGCGGAGCAUCGUGACACUGCCCCAUCCCCCGGGCAGCCCCCUAAGCAUUGCUUUCGGGAGCCAGGGCAGCCCGAGACCCCGGCUCUGCAACCGAAGACACCGGCUCUGCAGUCCGAGGCCCCGGCUCUGCAACCGAAGACACCGGCUCUGCAGCCCGAGGCCCCGGCGUAAGCCGGUUACGAGCACUCGGUCGUGGACUGCUGACCACGCUCCGGCCUGGCUGCCUGCGGAGCUACUUCUGUCCAGCCAGGGUGCGAGUUCGGGCCUCUCGGGCCCCUCUAUCCCACUUCAGGGCUUCGCCGUACAGCUGUGCACUCCAGGCCCUGACGUCUCCUGUCGCCGUAUCCAUCCCGCGCGAGGGGCAGCUUCAGGUCUUCAAAUGCUCCCACCCACCCUAAGCUGCACAGGCUCCCAGAGCCCAGCCUCACCCCCCGUCCCCCCCCCCCCACGACUGCGCACACUCUGCACGCUCUAAAAAGAGCUGGCCAUAAACGCUCUCAUUAGCACCUGGCCGGUCCCCUGGGGAGUCAUCACUCUACACGGGAUUGUAACUUUCAAACCCCGGCCAAGAGGCAUAAAAAUGCUGGUGCACAGAACCGUCCCGGGGGCGGGGCAUCCCGGAGGACGGUCACGUGUAGGAAGCGGAAGUCCAUCUCUCAUAGCAGUCAAGAAGGACUGGGGUGUUGGGUUCCUCCGACCUGCAUCCGUCCUGGUCCAAGGUGAUGGCUACACCUGGGGAUCCACGGCGCCUCUGCAGGCUGGUGCGGGAGGGCCGGCUGUGGGCCCUGCAGGAGGAGCUCCGGGCGGCUGGAGGGUGCAGGGGGCUGGCUGGGGACACCCUGCUGCACUGUGCCGCCCGCCACGGGCGUCAGGGCAUCCUAGCCUAUCUAGCCGAAGUUUGGGGUAUGGACAUUGAGGCCGCCAACCGAGACUACAAGCGGCCUCUGCACGAGGCUGCCUCUAUGGGCCACUACGACUGCGUCCGCUACCUCCUGGGCCGAGGAGCAGCGGUGGACUGUUUGAAGAAGGCAGACUGGACUCCUCUGAUGAUGGCUUGCACAAGGAAGAACCUCGAGGUGAUCCAGGACCUUGUGGAACAUGGCGCCAAUCCACUCCUGAAGAACAAAGAUGGUUGGAACAGUUUCCACAUUGCCAGUCGAGAAGGCGACCCUAGGGUCCUCCAGUACUUGCUCACUGUCUGCCCAGAUGUCUGGAAGACAGAGAGCAACAUCAGAAGAACGCCUCUACACACCGCAGCGAUGCAUGGCUGUUUAGAAGCAAUAAAGGUGCUUCUCAACAGAUGUCAGUAUGAACCAGACUGUAGAGACAACUGUGGUGUUACACCCUUCAUGGAUGCAAUUCAAUGUGGUCACGUCAACAUAGCCAAGCUGCUCCUCGAAAAACACCAGGCUUGCCCCUCAGCUGAUGAUAGCCUAGGAGCCCAGGCCCUGCACCGGGCAGCUGUCACUGGGCAAGAUGAAGCCAUCCGAUUCUUGGUGUCUGAUCUUGGCAUUGAUAUAGAUGUGAGAGCAAAGCCAACCCAGCUCACAGCACUUCACUAUGCAGCUAAGGAAGGACAGACAAGCACAGUUCAAACUCUGUUAUCCUUGGGUGCCGACAUCAACUCUAAAGAUGAAAGAAAUUGAUCAGGUAUUACUACACAUUUUAAAAAAUAUUUUAUUUAUUAUUUUAUGUGUAUGAGUGUAUUGCCUGUA